UGUUGUGCAUGUGACGUCAUGAAUAAACAAGAUGGCGGCCGAACUGGUGAACCUGCAGCUUCGGUCAGGCUGAGUUCCUCACUAAUGUCGAUCUUUCUGUCUACAGAGAGGACCAUCUGCCCACCAAGACAUGUAGUCGUCAGCGGAGCGGUGUGUUGGGCCUGCUGACGAACCCGAGAGUGAUGCUGUGGACGCGGCGGGCCGGCAUGACGGCGCGAGCCCGGAUGGUGGUCGGGCUGUGUGCGGGACUGUUCCUGGGGUUCACGCUCGCCAGCUGGCUGGUGGUGCAGAGGGCCGACCCGCCGAGGGGAGGAGGGAGUCUCGGGGCGCGGGUGGGCUGCAGACGGGACCCCACGGCCGCAGAGCUGCUGUCCAGCGGGGCGGGCGACCCGGGGGGACCCGCCAGCACGCCCAAGAGGGAGUCCGCCGGCCCCGAGCGGGGCAAGAAUUUUGUGUACGUCGGGGUGAUGACGGCCAAAAAAUACCUGGACUCGCGCGCCGUGGCGGCAUACGAGACCUGGCAGCAGCAUAUACCCGGCAAGGUCGAAUUCUACUCCGCUUACGAUCCGGACGGCUUGUCUCAGGGGGGGUUCACCCGCGUGAACAUCCCGGGGGUUGACGACGCCUACCCCCCUCAGAAGAAGUCCUUCCUCAUGCUGAAGUACAUGCACGACCAUUACCUGGACCAGUACGAGUGGUUCAUGCGUGCGGAUGAUGAUGUCUACAUCAAGGGGGACAAACUGGAAAAGUUCCUCAGAUCCGUCAACUCUUCCCGGCCGCUGUACAUCGGACAGACCGGACUGGGCAGCGCCGAGGAGUUGGGCCGUCUGUCGCUGGACGCGGGCGAGAAUUUCUGCAUGGGGGGUCCCGGGAUGCUGAUGAGCAGGGAGACACUGCGGAGGAUGGUACCCAACAUCUCCUGGUGUCUCAAGCAUCUCUACACCUCGCACGAAGAUGUCGAGAUCGGGCGCUGCAUCCACAAGUUUGCCGGAGUGUCCUGUACCUGGGCGUACGAGAGCCAACAGCUGUUCUUCAACGACUACAAGAAUGACAAGAAGGGGCGUAUCGAGAACCUGCACACGGUGGGGGUGCACCGCGCCAUCACCCUGCACCCCAACAAACACCCGUCCUACCAGUACCGCCUGCACACCUACCUCCUCAGUCAGCGCCUACAGAACCUGAGACAGCGGACACUCACCAUGCACAGACAGGUCCGGAGCAUGACCCAGCUGUUGCAGGAGGACACAGUGGCAGGGCCAGACACACGGCUGGGCGAGGUGCCGUCCCUCAUGCACGUCCCUCCGCGCGAGGCCGCCGAGGUGCUGACCUGGCAGUACCUGAACAACAGGCAGGUGUACGAGGCCAAGGACCUGCAACCCAGGCAGGGAAUCCCCAAGGCACUGAGGGCAGGUCUGGACGACAUCAUCAUGCAGAUGAUGGAGAUGAUCAACCGCCACUCUCGGACGCGCGGCCGUAUCAUCGACUACAAGGACAUCCAGUACGGGUACUGGCGCGUGAACCCCAUGUACGGGGCGGAGUACGUUCUGGACCUGCUGCUGCUCUACCGCAAACACAAGGGCAAGAAGAUCAACGUUCCCGUGCGCAGACACGCGUACCUACAGCAGGCCUUCAGCCGGGUCCAGUUCACGGAGGAGGAGACAAUCAGCCAACCUGCCCGGGGGCAUGUGCAACAGCACCACCUGGUAGAUAAGAGCAGAACUGCAGAGCUUAGCAGUAUUGACACUGAAACGGUGCACUUCAUCGUCCCCCUCGUGGGGAGGCUGCAGACUCUCAAACAGUUUCUGGAGAAUUACGAGAGAACUUGCUUGAGAACAAAGGAGAAGGUAAAACUGUUGAUCGUUCUAUUCAAGAGCAGACACAAACAACUAGACCAAAGUUCCGACAUCCAGAAUCUGGUGGGGCGGUAUCAGAACAUGUAUCCCACCGCCUACCUAAGAAUAUUGUUUGUAGCGGGAGAGUUUUCCCGAGGACUGGGAUUGGAACUCGGUGUCUCCCAGUUCACCAACACCUCCCUGCUGUUCUUUUGCGACGUAGACCUGGUAUUCCAGCAGUCUUUGCUGCAGCGGAUACGAGCUAAGACCGUUCUCGGCCGACAGGCCUACUACCCUAUAGUGUUCAGCCAAUACGACCCUAGUGUUGUACACGGGAACUCCUCCCUUUCUGUCAGGAACAAUUUCCUGCUCACCAAAGACACCGGGUACUGGCGAAGCUUCGGCUUCGGCAUCGUGUCGCUGUAUGCCGCGGAUUUCACGCGGGUGGGGCAGUUUGACACGUCCAUCCAGGGCUGGGGGAUGGAGGACGUCGAUCUCUUUAACAAGUUCGUGCGCAGCGACAUCAAGACUUUCCGCGUAAAAGACCCCGGGGUGGUCCACGUGUUCCACUCGGUGGCCUGCGACUCCCACCUGGAGGAAAAGCAAUAUCAGAUGUGCCUGGGCACAAAGGCGGGCACGUACGGCAGCACCGCCAGACUCUCCAGACUAUGGUUAGACAGACAUCCGCCACACAGACCUGACGACAGGCGGUAGCAUUAGCUGUACACUGUACACACAGCUCAGUUCCCCGGUGCAGCAACCUCAGGAGAUAGACAAACACAGCAAUGUGGAACCAUGUCUUUAUAUUAGGUCAUGUUCAUCAGAAUUCUAACUUACAGUGUCACUGCCUCUUUUCAUCUCUACGUUGGAGCUGUGGAUUUCUAUUGUCAGACAGCUCCCUACAUCUGUACUAUAUCGGUAGUCAAAUAAAUAUCCUCACAACUCCAGCUGAGCAAGGCCACGAUUCCACGAAACUGAACCAUUUUGCAAUUGUUUGCUCUUACCAAUACUGCUUCUAGUGUGUACAACCAUCUAUGCCAUGUCAUCUCUAGUUGCCAUGUUCAAUCGACAUGUAGUUUUUAGAGUGAAAUGCAGCCAACAGCCAAAAUUCUGUGUUGCCACAAAAAUGUAUGUCAUCCAGAAAAAAGCAAGGACCAGUGAACAAACCUACAGGUUGAUAGACUUGUUUUUUCUCUAUUUCUUGGGAAGAUUUUGGAUUCAAUCAUUGCCUGUCAAGCUCUUGCUUUCAUAUUGUACAGAAAACCAAUAAUUGUACCUAAUUAAGACUCCUUAUGCAAGUAUACUACACAUACUCAUUUUGUAUUGUUCAUUGCCCGUUGUUGCUUGUUGAAUGCAUUGUUUACGAAUAUGAAGCUAUGAAAUGUUAGCAAAGUAGUUGCUAAGUUACAAUAUAUCAAUAUCAUCAUACUUACACAGACAUCUACUCCAGUGUCCAUUAGCAAAACAUUAGGCAUAGUUUAUAACAUAACAGCUACCUCAUCAACUGGUCCAGUGGGAAAAGUACAGUUUCAGGUUAGUUUCUAAGUACUUAAGAAUUCUCCAGGUACAGUGGAAAUGGAUAGUGUUAGAUUUUUAGCUGAUAAACAUCUUAUAGGUACAGGAAUGUUGCAAAAAUAGGGCUUGGUUCGCGAUUUAUGUGUAAAAAAUCAAUUUGCGUCUUAAAUUUCCCUUUAAAAGACCAGGAACAUUAAUUUUAUAAAUCAUGGUUGGGCAUAUUGGUUUUCAACUGUUGUAGGAUCUGUCUAGGAACAAAUCGGUGAUCAUCGACAGUAAAAAUUGUCACAGUAACUGUGUACAUGAAACAUUGCAUACUUCGCAUACAAACUCACUCAGCGGUCGCUUUCUCACACCCGUAGUCACUGCUGCAUUGGGGAACUGUGCUGUUGAUUUCGGAUGUAAUUUAUUGCUGCAUUAUGUGUACAGUAGAUUGUAAAUUUGAUAAUUAUUGAGUUUCUUUUUGGUGAUUCCAUAUCGAAUUAAUCAUUUUAAUUGUACGAAUAAAAAAAAUGAUAAUUAUAGGUACUGCUGAUAAUUUCAACCAAUUGCAAUGAUAUUGGCAGUGACGGUAUCAACUGUUUUUUAUAUUUCCCUGGGGUUUGUAUCUAUUCACAUUUAGGCUAUGCUUUUGUGCCAUGGAUUCUUGGUGGACAUGUCAUGUUCUUGCCCUCGCAUUGUCGUCAUAGGUUGGAUAACAAAAUGUUAAACGUAGUGAUAGAGGCUGUUGUACUUGGAAUUUUUGAGUCGCGUAGCCUAAAUCAGAAUAAAUAAGUACCGGAGGCGGAUGGUGAAGAAUUGCACAUUGCUGGAUAUUAGUGUUAUGAUUAUGAUAGGAUAUUAAAGGUAGAACCAGGGAUGGGGAGAAUUAUGGGUAUAUGAUAUCGAUGAGACCAACUGUUUAAACACAAUAAAACUUUUUAAAGACUUGA